CCGUCUCCAUGACAACGAGACGCUUCAAGUUUGGUUUGUACCAGUCAGGGUGUUCCGCAGAGUGCAUGGACAAGAAGAUUGAUGGUCGACAACACUAACAUUGAGGAAUAUUCUUCUAGCUGAUCCUACUUAAUGGGUGUGGCGAUGUCGGGCACAAGUAAGACGGGCCUGCAGUCGGCGGUGCGGCGGCGGGUGGCACGAGUGCGAGCGGGAGGAGGAGGCGGGCGAGCGGGGUCGGGACCGGCGCCCCUCGAACUGUCGGCGGAGGUGCGCCCGGCGCCCUUCGUGCUUCGCCCCUUCGCCGGCGUCUACAACCCCUUCCCCUACGGCUGCUCCGUGCUGUGCAACCACCCGGCCGACUGCGAGGCGCGUGACGUCGUGCGGCGCGCCAAGGAGGCGUGGGGCGCGGCGGGCUGUGGCGUGGGGCUGACUGCGAUGGGCGGGCUGCUGCCGGGGACGGCGCCCUACGCGGACGGCGAGCCCGCGGUGCCCGAAGCGCUCUUCCGCCGUUACACCGACACGGAUUCGCGCCCGCAAACGCCCGCGCCCACGCUCGCCUCCACCACCGGCCCGCGCUCGCGCUCGCGCACCAGCGGGCCCGGCGCGCCGCGGGCGUCCGGCACGGCCAGCGCAGGAGGUGGCGCAGGGGCGGGGGCUGGCGGCCGGCGCUGCGUGACGCCCGACGCCGCGCUGCACGCGCUGCAGGGCGUGCGCUGCGGCCGGGAGGAAGCGCGCCCACUGCUCGUGCUGGACCUCCGGCGCUCGCACUCGCAG